AGAACAUUGUGGCGUGUCUCCGCUGUUGUUACAUGUGGACUGUACACACAGAGCGAGUGCAUGCCGAAUCAAAACACGCGCUGUUGUGGUGCUGUUUUGAUAUGAGUUUCAAAUGGACAAGGAUCUAGCAGUUUUGUAGUCGUAUAUAUGCAGCGCUUAUCUUUCUUUAUAACCGUAACAUUUUAAAAAUAAUAUUCUUGUAGCCUGUAGGUUUCAUUUUCCCGCCUCUUUCUGAACAAAAAUGUCCCAGGACAGUCAACAUGGCAAGUGGACCAUAUCAGAUAGUGAAGACGAGGACAACAUUAUUCCUCCAACACCUCAGAAGGAUUCAAACAAACCAAGUAUUAAACCUGAUUUAGAAAGAAAACCUGAUAAGAUCACCACUUUCUUCAAGCAAGAGCCUAAGCUCAGUCCAAAAUGCAACGAGGACACCCAUUCUGUGAAUCAUCCGUCCGCUCCCUCCAUGGGAUCUGAAGCCAGGACAGCCACACAUGUGAAUCAAACCAACCCUGUAAAAUAUGAAAGCAACCCUUCACCUUCCGUGAAGAGAAAGAGAGAAACAGAGGAGGCAGGCUGGAACCUCUCAAGCAGUGAUGAUGAAACUCCAACAUCUGCCCUGAAAAAUGAGCCCAAGAAGUCUAAAGUAAGUCCUAAAAGGAAGAAGACUGAAGACAAACGUCCUCCGAGUCCACACGGCACUAGUUAUUAUAAAGAAGAGCCAGCUGAUUUCUUUGAGACAAAUUUAUUGUCUAUGAACGACAUGUAUCGUUUUUACUUAAACAAAGUCACUGGGAUACCAAAAAAGUUCAACACUGGAGCACUGCAUAUCAAAGAGAUACUUUCUCCAAUGUUUGGAACCCUGAAAGAGUCUGCACAGUUUAAUUACUGCUUUGACAUUCCAUGGAUGGUGGAGCAGUAUCCGCCUGAAUUCAGGGACAAGCCGGUCAUACUCGUUCAUGGAGAAAAAAGAGAGUCCAAGGCUCGGUUAAUCGAACAUGCCAAACCAUAUCCACAUAUUUGUUUCUGUCAGGCCAAACUGGAUAUUGCAUUUGGCACGCAUCAUACGAAAAUGAUGCUGCUUUGGUACGAGGAGGGAUUCAGAGUCAUCAUUCUCACCUCAAACCUCAUCCGAGCCGAUUGGUACCAGAAGACACAGGGAAUGUGGAUGAGUCCUCUGUACCCCAGGUUACCAGAGGGAAGUCCGGAAACAGCGGGAGAGUCUCCAACCAAUUUCAAAAGAGACCUGCUGGAAUACUUGGAAGCAUAUCAGGCUCCAGAGCUCGCUGAGUGGAUUGACCGCAUCAAACAGCACGAUCUGUCAGAAACAAGGGUAUAUCUCAUUGGUUCAACUCCAGGAAGAUAUCAAGGACCUGCCAUGGAGAAGUGGGGCCAUCUACGAUUGAGAAAAUUGCUCAGCGAGCACACGAAGCCUGUGCAGAAUGAAGAGCAAUGGCAUGUGCUCGGCCAGUUCUCCAGUAUUGGCUCCAUGGGACUUGAUAAGACUAAAUGGUUGGCAGCUGAGUUCCAGCGCACUCUGACCACACUGGGGAAGCCAGGGAAAUCAUUAGCCAAUCCAGAAACACAGAUGCUUCUGGUUUAUCCUUCUGUGGAAAAUGUGAGAACCAGUUUGGAGGGCUGUCCAGCUGGGGGAUCUUUACCCUACAGCAUACAGACAGCUCAAAAACAGCUUUGGCUUCAUUCGUACUUCCAUGGCUGGCAUGCUGAUGUUACUGGUAGGAGCAAUGCGAUGCCCCACAUUAAAACCUAUAUGAGGGUUUCACCGGACUUCACGCAACUAGCCUGGUUCCUUGUCACAAGUGCCAAUUUAUCAAAAGCUGCCUGGGGCACCCUGGAGAAGAAUAACACUCAGAUUAUGGUUCGCUCCUAUGAACUGGGAGUCCUCUACCUGCCUUCAGCCUUUAAUAUGAGCACAUUUCCUGUGGAGAAGAAUGUGUUUCCGGCCUCCAGCUCCUCCAAAGGUUUCCCAGUGCCUUUUGACCUCCCACCUCAGCGUUACUCAAGCAAAGACCACACACUACAGUACAGUAGUUACGCCACAGGUGAGCAUCUAUCUCAAGGCAGGUCGGCCUUCAGGGAAAGGUCAGAACCUUCUACUAUGUCCAUACCGGGAAUCGUUGGUGGCCCAAGGCAAAUACGUAAUUCUGCAUCAUCUCAAAGCAUCAUGAACUGUGCCUGGAGCAGAUCAACCGUGGAUCUGGAAUAUUCCUUAUGCUCAAGCCCCAGACACUCAUGGAAAUGUAUGGGUUCCUUCUUGAUCAGUUCGAGGUGCUGGGAUCAUCUGCAUAAGACAGAAUUAACAUCAGACCAUCUGUGUCUCACUCCACUUUAGGUCUGUUCAGGUUCACACUUAAUGAGGAUUAAGACACCUUAAUUACACACUUUAACCUUUGAUAGAAAUUGUAGACGUACAUCAUAAUAGUGUGCACCCAUAAUGCUGUAUUUUAGUCCUGUUUUGUAAUCAUAGUAACUGUAGAGAUGUUUAGUUAUGCCUUAAGUGUAAACAUUUUGUAAAAAGGCCAAAUGCAUUUUACAACUGGAAAACCUUGAGCUAAAUACAUUUUUCAGUAGCAGUGUCCUCCUGUUACUUGUGGAAAGAACUUAUGUUAAUCUUGAAAUCCAGUAAUGUAUGUUGAAAAUAGCAAUGAAAUUAUGUUUUUAUUCAGCGAAACAACUAUUGUCAGUGGUUUUGACCCAGUCAUCUUCACAAAAUAUAUAUAUUUUUCACAUCCAUUUUGAGCCGGCUUUGUCAUAUAAUGAACAGAGUUCAGAUAAAAAGAGGACUGAAUGAAUCGAUGAAAACAUCUCAAAUUGGUCUUUUUUUAAAAGUUUGAUAAUGGACAUGUCCUCUGAAAUGAAUUCCAGAUGAGCUCCAAGAGCAGAUUGAUUUUUUCAUUCCCGGCUACAGUGAUGCAGUAAUGUGUUUGAGGAGGACUUUGCUCCCCCGGCAUCAGUGAUAUAUUGAAUGUGUUUGAAAUACAGAAUAAUUGGUGCUGUUUUUUACUCAUACUGUAAUUUUCAUGUUGCUUAGCAACAUUGGAAAUGUUUAUUCUACGUUGAAACAGGAAAUCCCUGUGGCCCCAAUCUUUUUUUUUUUUCUUUAAUGAAUAAAAUGUUGAUUCUGUGCAUUAUUUUAAUGUUCACUUAGACCUUUGUUCCAGCAUGUCUGUACUUCAAAGUUACAGCUAGCAUGUCGCUUCUGGAAUUUUUAUUGUGCAUUGUAAUGAAAAAGAACUAUUCGAUCUGAAUUAUGUAUAUCGCUCUUGCACAACUAUCUGUGACAUUUGUUGAAAUCGCUUUAGACUUUAAUCAGAUAAAUAUUAGAGAACUUUCCUCCAUUCUGAAAAGGUCUUUUAGUAUCGAUCCCAGGUCAUUAGAGUAAUUCCUAACAGAGCAGUCUGUCCUAAACAACAAGGAUCAAUGUGUUUACAAAUCAAAUUAGUGACUACUGUGUUA